AAACGCGUGUGACUGUACGAAGAAGCCUCGGCCUGGCCUGUCCCUCGCGCUCUCAGAGUGACUGGGCUGGAAUGGGGCUGGGGAGAGGAUCUCUGGAAAUAGUCGUCCAGGGGCGCCGCCUGAAUCACCUCUGCCUCUCCCUGCGUUGCCAGUGGAUCUAGGAACCAGGCUCCUCGGAAUCCGUGUACUAAUCCUACGGGGUUGGAGUGAAGGUUGGAUGUGUGCUUUAACAGCACCAAGUAGAUGCCCCUCAGCUAUUGCACUAACACAGGCGGGGCUGUUGCCCGGGACUUUGCGGGACUGUGUAUGUGUGUGCACAGGGGUCACAUACGGAAGUCAUGGAGAGGAGCUGUCCUUGAGAUGGGUGAGAUACCAGGUGCAUGUGUGCUGCUCGGAAACACAGAGGAACAGAAUCCCCAGCCCUGGUGAAGAAGAGGAUGCCUGAUGCGUGCACCCUGGGAAGGGCUGGAAUCGGUCUCCCCAAGAUGUGCCUUCACAUGGCUGUCCGGCAUUCGAAGGCUCAGAAAACAGGCAAGAAAAUGCGGGCGGGAAGCCUGGCAGAAUGAUUACUUUCAGGUCCCCUCCAGGCUUCUGCGGAAAAGCCAGGGGCUUCGGGCUGGAGGUAGAGGAGCCUAGGGAGAGAGUAGAAUCCUCUCCUUGCCGGCUCAGUCAGAGGUGGGUAAACCGGGCGCUCCAGGAAACGGUGCGGGGCGCCUUGAUUUACUUCUCAACCUUCGGAGGCAGGCUGGUUGCUGGCGAGGUCGGGAUCUUCUCUGAACAGGGCGUACUGUGCCUAGGUUUUGUGGACGCCAGGGCCGGUUCCUUUUCUCCGCGCGGCAUUGGGGCGACGCAGGGCCCUGGCUUAGUGACCUUGGGGCGGCGCUCACCUCCAAAGGCCAGGGUGGUGGGCUGGGCAGAGCUCACUGCCUGUUUGCCCCAGUUUUCCAGGGUCCCGCAGCUGCAAUUCAGCAGCCACCGGCGCCUCCUGACCGUGGUCCCACCGGAGCGCCGCCUGCGGAUACGGUUCCAGUGAACCGCCGAUUGAGCGCAGUCUCA